AUGUUCCUCUUCGAAGCCAUCCACAAAUUCAGCGUCCUGAACGUCUCACCCACCCAGCAAGCGAUCGUCGUGAGAGCAGAGGAAGGCGAGGAGAAAGAGAACGCGGAGGACGAUCCCAACUGGACGGCGCUGGAGAGCCGCCUGCGCGAGAUCUUCCGCCUCUUGCGCGCGCGCUACCCCGACGCGCCGCUCUUCCACGGUAUCUGUCGGUGGGGGUCCUAUGCUCAAUGCUACCGGGAGCUGCAAGCCCAGGAGGAGAGAUACUUCGGCGGGCGAGGGCUGUAUCGCUGGGUGUUCACCGGCGGCGAGCCAACGCUCCAGCUGGGUUUCCCCCCAGGCGACGCGAUGCUGCGGUGCUGGUCGGAACGCCGCGUGCCGGAGUUUAAGCACUUGACUGCUGCGAAUAUCAAUAUUCCCGGCGUGAUGGUCGUGCCGUCUUGGCCAUAUUGCGGAUGUUAA